ACAAACCCACGGCGCGGAUCGAGCCCCACCCGCAGUACCCACGCGAGGGGGAGAAGCUGCAGCUGCAGUGCGAUGGGCAGGGCAACCCCAUCCCCCAGGAAUUCCUGUGGGAGAAGGAGGGUUUGGAGGCUCCGCUGCAGCUGAGCUCGGACAGCGUCCUCAUCUUCCCCUUCCUCAACAAGAGCGACAGCGGCACCUACGUCUGCACGGCCACGAGCGCCAUGGGCAGCGUGGUGGCCAAGUACAACCUGGAUGUCAGUGAUGCCAGCCCGGUGCCCUCGGGCUCGGGCACCUACCACGCCCUCAUCGGCGGCGUCGUGGCCGUCAUCGUCUUCCUCCUGCUCAGCCUCCUCAUCGUGCUGGGCCACUACCUGAUCAGGCACAAAGGCACGUACCUGACCCACGAGGCCAAGGGCUCUGACGAUGCCCCCGACGCCGACACCGCCAUCAUCAACGCCGAGGGCGGCCAAGGCGGCGCCGACGACAAGAAGGAAUAUUUUAUUUAAAAAAAAAAA